CCUCACCAGUGCAAUGAUAGGCAGGCAGAUUGUUUUAAGGGGUUGGAAGCACAUCUUAUCACGUGGCUCAUUGUGAAUGACACUGCGGAGACUCCCAGCAUGUGGAGGCUCAUGCUACUCUCCACGAUCCACGCACAACUUACCACACGCCCCAUUGAGAGCAAGAACCACUAAUCACGACCAUGAGGAGGUUACCCCAUGUGACUCUACCCUCCCUGGUGACCGGGCCAGUUUGGUUGCUUAGGAGACCUGGCUGGAGUUCGAACUCGCGACUCCAUGGGUGGUAGUCAGUGUCAAUACUCGCUGAGCUCCACCCCCCCCCCCUUUAAAGUACGAUGCAUGGCCCAUUUGAAUACAUUGUAUCCAAGCUUUACACGAGGCUUUUUUCCUAUUUAUGUCUCUAUAAACGCUCAAAGAAACAUUAUUUGUCAGUAGGAAUUUCAGCAACAGCGAGUAGAUUCGUCUCCAUGUUGUUUUUGACUACAUAAAAGCUACGUGUCGUUUGAUUGGUUGUGAAUAAAUUCAGCUCUAAUUGGUCAGUGACAAGCGGCAGCAAUGGAAAGAUCAAAUAUUUUUAUCUUGUGUGGUGCGCGCUGCAAGCAGUCAUGCACAACAAAGCAGUAGGUUGUAUUACAAUUGGCCUACACAGUAUUUUUUUUCUUUUUCGUUUAUAUAUAUAUAUAUAAUUACGACCUGGACUUACACUGACACCUCUGUGGAUGCAGCAUUAUUUAAACGCAGUAGUUUUUGGUUUCUGAUGCCAUUGUAGAAAUUGACAGUCAGCCAUGGAUUAAUUUAAUCCACGAGUUCCAACAGGCCGGUUACUGAGAUUAAGCAAGUAGUAUUCGGCUGGUCAUGUGAUCAUAACGUGGCAGCCCCCACUAGCGGACCCUCUCCAUGUAAAAUAAAACAGCUUUUGUAAGGUUACUAAUAUGUUUGAAGUCUUCAUCUCACAGGAGUGCUCAUGAUUUUAUACAUAUAUUUUAAAAUGACAAUUCAUUUCUUAAUAAGUGAAACAUUUUAAAUUAGGAAAACAUUACUAAGUGCACCUUUAAAGGAUGCAACUCUCAUCAAAUUUCUACUGUGCCCAGGGGUGCACAAAACAACAAAUUUAGCAAAGCAAAUGCUGAAAACACAAUGGAAAUAAAAAAGCACAACGAAAUUAAGCCACAACACAACAGAAAAGGCGUUCACAACACAACAAAAAUAAGACGCAACCCAACAGAAAAACAACACAAUGGAAAUAAACCACAACACAACGAAAUCAAGCCACAGCUAAAUAAAGCAAACACAACAACAACAAAAAUAAUAGUUUAAAAAUUGUGUUAUGUUGCGGAUUAUUACGUUGCGUUGUGGCUUAAUUUCGUUGUACUGAAUUUUUUUUUUUCGCUUUGUUAAUUUUGUUUUUGUAUUUUGUGCAUCCCUAGGGCACCAUAACUUCCCUUUUCAAUGAAGCCUUCUAUAAAUGGUAUUUAAAAUUCAGUGCGGAAGUUUAAAAUCCCGCCCUCCCCUGGAUGCGUCAUUGUAAACCUCGUCGCUUCUGUCACAAAGACCAUAACAUCUGCUCGUAUCUACACAUUAAAUUAAUCCGAAUUUGACUAAGCCGAAUGUGAGGAUGGAAGAAUACGAGGCGUUUCAAGCCCAGUUCACAUCCAUAAUGGCAACAAUCUUACAGACCGCUGUCAGGGAAGCAACACAACUUUUUGAAGGCACUUUGCAGCACUUGAAAGCGGAGCUGGUGCAACUCAGAAGGGAGAAUGUCAAGCUGAAGAAAGGUGAUUCAUCCAGCCAAGUCAAAAUGAGAUGCACUGGAGUUGGGAAUCAGAGGAAUGACAGUGCUUCUAAAAAUCGCGAUGUUGGCGUGCAGUGUGAAAAGGCCAUUUUCGUUGACCGGGGCUGUAACACUCUUCAGUUUAUAGGACAACGUCUUCACGUUGGAGACAUUACAAGUGAUAAACUGGCAGAGCUGUGCACAAAUGAGGAUGAAAAUAGACAGCUUGCAUUGCUCCUCAUCAAACAAGAGCCUCAAGAGACUGAACGUGACCACUACAAACCAGGAUACUUUCUACUUAAGCAAGAGGGUGCUGAGCCAAUACUGGUGCGCAGAGAGCCAAAUAACGACACCAUGGAAAGAGUCGUGAUCCCAACAACAUUUCAAACAAGAAGCAGGCACUAUGGCAACUCUGGGGGAAAAUCACCACCAUUAGUGACUCGUUCCUCAUGUAGUCACAGAGUGAAUCCUUGUGGUCACCAAUCCAACCGGUGUACCUGCCCAGCCCGAGGUACAGCUGAAAGAACAUCAGAAAACAGAGAUGGCUCGUCUUCCCUAAAUGAAAAAGAACGAGAAAAUGCAUUUGCACCAGUCGAGACAUCAACUAUUUCAGUACAACAUGCCAAUUCAACCCAGAAUCUUGUUUCCUCGGUUGAGAUGUCUGUGCCAAUGAUUGAGCUGUCUGGUGCUCCAGGUUGCACACCAAUACCUCAGGUUCACCGUCGACCAAAUCAGAAUCCUGAAACAAUAAACCAGACCAUUUCACCACAGACCAUUAAGUCACUAGCCCAGGAGGUGACUCCACUAGUACAAGCUCUCAUGCCAUUAGACAACGUUCCAGAUACUGCAGCAUCAAAUAAAAUUUCACCAGUCCAGGAUCCGAUUCUUUCGACCAGUCUUGGAUUCUCUCAAACCCAGGUUUUUGCUUCAUCACCAAAGAUAAUGCCAGUGCAUUCUGCAAGUUCAAGUCCAUCAUUACAGUUCCCUUUGGUGCCACAACACAAUCUGUCUCAUGCAGCUCAGCCUUCUUAUCUGCCAGUACAUGUUCCAUUUACUUAUUCCCACAAUCCAGUUACACCAAUUCAGGGAUCUGUCUCCUCACUUCCAGCUCUGUCAACUGGUAUUCCAAACCCACCUCAACUUCUGCAAUCUCAAUAUUCAGCACAAUCCGAUCAGUUCUCCUCUUCUUUGGACCAGUUUUUUCCUCCACCUGAUAACACCCCAGGUUUGCUUGAAUCUCUGGAUACUCUGCAUUUGCACUCGCCCAUUGUGAUGAUGCCCCAAGAUGCCCUAGAGCAGUCGUCUAUGCCCCAUUUACAGCCAUCAGGGCCACUUGCACCUCUGCUAACACUGAAGGAACAGCGAGCUGCAACUUCCACCCAUUCAAGUGUUUUAGGGAGAGUACCUAUUAUACCUUUAGAGACCGCUGUUUCUCCUGUCAAUCACUUUGAAGUCUGUACUGGAGAGACUAAAUCAGUUGCCAUGGAUGAUGAUGAAGACCUUCCAGAGUAUAGUGAGGACAAUAGUCCCACACUCCAGUCUAGACUGAGGAAACAGAGAAAAGCUUUUUCCAAAUCCAAACAAAUAAGUUUAGCAGAUAAGGUCAGCACAUUCACUUUCGAGGAUAAGGGGAUAAAUAGGGUGCAGAAAGACUUGAUUAGUGAAGCAGCACAUUGUGGCACAAGUUUUUCCACAAAUAACGGAAGUCAAGCAUUACCGAAAGCUUUGAGCAAAACACUGCAGAGGAGUACUGAGUGUGCUGAGUGUGGAAGGGUGCUCAGCAAUGCAUCUGCUUUGGAGAACCACAUGAGACUUCAUACAGGUGAGAGGCCUUAUACCUGCUCUCAGUGUGGAAAGGCCUUCCCUAGUGCACGAGGUCUUAACCGGCAUGUAAAGGUCCACACAGAGGAGAAGCGGUAUCAGUGUGAGGAAUGUGGAAAAAGUUUUGUUUACCACUUUACCCUUACCAAACAUAAGCUCAUCCACUCGGGAGAAAGGCCCUUUCCUUGUAAAGUUUGCGGCAAAAGGUUUUUGGCCAAGGCAGACCGCUCUACGCAUAUGCGUAUGCACACUGGGGAGAAGCCAUUCUCUUGCACUCAAUGUGGGAAGAAGUUUAAACAUAGAGUUGCCCUGAAUAUGCACAUGCAAGGGCAUAGAGGGGAGAAACGCUACGUUUGCCCCCAUUGUGAAAAGGGAUUUGUGGAUCUAGGUAAUUUUAAAAGACACAAACUUAUCCACACAGGGGAGAGACCUUUUGAGUGCAAGGAAUGUGGUAAACGGUUUACUCAGUCAGCCCAUCUCAAGAAACAUGUCAACACACAACAUAUGUUACAUGAAGCAAAACUUACUGUUUAGCAAAGUAUUCAGUUGAUCCAUUGUGUAGAAUAUAACCGUAUUAGACUUGAUCCUAAAUGCAUUUUUUAUGGGGAGCUGCUUUCCAAAGUUUGUCGCAGCAAAAUAAUGGCACAUUAACAAAGUAUGUGCACAUAGGGGUUAUCAACCCACCACAUAAGACACUGAUGCAUCUCUGCAUUAAGGAAAGCCUUGUGAACUAACCUACAGUUAAUGGGUUAUAAUUGCUGGAAAAUACUGAAUUGACUUUUGUUUGCUGUAGGUUUUCACAAUUUCAUACUGUAUUUUUAAUGUUGUUUGUACACAAAAAAAAAAAAAAAACUGGCAGCUGUUGUUGCCAGAAUAAUUAUGUAAAAAAUACAGUAAAAAUGUAAACAACUUUACAGAACAACCUGUAAAUUUUACAGUUUAAACUGUUGUAAUUUACAUGACAUGCUGGCACUGUAAAAAAAAAAAGAAAAUUCUGUUAAAUUUACAGUAAAAAAAAAAAUAUAAUUGGGCAUUCCCACAAUUCCCUGCAUUGUCAUGCAGGGAAUUGUGGGAACGCCCAAUUAUUAUUAUUAUUAUUAUUAUUUUUACUGUAAUUUUAACAAUUUACUCUAAAAAGUACCUGUUGUCUCUUAUUAAACAAUGUACAUUUUUACCAUUAAUUAUACAGGACAAUCAUACUUUUUACAACUAAAAAUGUAAUUUUUACAACAUUUUAUUGUAAAAACUACUGUAUUGUCUUUUAAAAUAUAUAAGAAAAAUGUACUGUAUAUUUUAACGUUAAUACUGGUAAUCAAUUAAAAAAAAAAAUCUGUAGCAUUUUUACAGUCUUUUACCAUUAAAAUUACAGACAUUUUUACAGUGUGGGUCAAGCCCAUUAAAUGUUGUAAAUGUUAAGUAAGUAAAAUAUGAUGUUUUGUAUUCAUUUUGCAAGGUGCAAUGUGAAACCUGUCUUCUGCCAAGGGAUCUUUGAUUACAUUUUUGUAGUGAAAAUCAAACUUCAAAAAAGCACAUCAGAUAAAGGGAAAAUUUAAGUGGUAUUAAAUUAUAAUUUAAUACUAGUCACAUAUUACUGUGCAUUUGCACAUUAAACACCAAGUUGUUAUGUUUGGAAGUGUUUGAAAAAAGCUCUGCACCCCUGUCCUGUCUAAAAUCAUGGGGGAAAAAACAGUUAAACUCAGAAAUAGAUUUGUUAACAAUAUCAAUUGAUUUUGCAUUAUUUUAUGGCUUCAUACAGCUCUGUACUCAUUACAUUGCCUUCUUUAAUGGCAGAGCCAAAGAUUAAGGGUCAAAACAGGAAAGAAAUAACCUCUUAUGACUCUGAAAACUCUAAAAUAUAUAUAUUUGUUUCACAUAAUGAAAGUGAAUGGUGACUGAAACUGUCUAAUUGCCUUUUAUGUUUCACCAAAGAAAAGAAGUUAUGUUUGGAACAACAUGAGGGUUAACUAUGGUUUAACUUGUUCACAUGAUGCAUAUUAAUCAGAAUUUCUAUAUGCAUGUAAAUGUGGUCAAUGAUCCAUUAGGUUUUUUGUAGCUGAGCCUUUUUUUAUUUUAUUUUAUUUUAUUUUAUUUUUUUGUAGUUUACAUUUUCAUUUAAUUUGUAGCUGCUCCUUAAUGUUUUCCCUCCUCUUGUUUUCGUAAUGGCUGCUCCUUUCAUAUUUUGCUGCUCCUUUUAUAAUGGCUGCUUCUUUCCUGCUUUUGGUCCUCUUUUUUAUAAUAGUUGCUCCUUUCAUUUAUAAGAGUUGCUCCUUUUAGUGUUUUUGUUGCUUCUUUCGUUUUUAUUUUUUUAUUUUUUAUAGCUGCUCAAUUUGGAUUGUUCUGCUGCUCCAAGUCCUUUUAAUUUUUUUUUAUAGUUCCUCCUUUGAUCAUAUUUGGACCUACUCCAGGGCUGCUCUCCCAACCAAAACAUAUAAAAGUACCAUUUCUGCAAACCUUCAAGCUCUAAGCAAUGAAGCAGCCUGAACUAAAAAAAAAAUAAAAAAAAAAUAAAAAAGCUAAACCUUUAACCUACAGUACAUAAACUAAAAAGAUAAAAAAUAUAGCAAUUGAAUGCAUUCAUAAUGAAUGCUACUUUUAAAAGACAGUCACACAGGUUGUGCUCAGAGUUGUAGUAUAACUGUACUAGUCCCUGGAAGGUGACUGAAGCACUGUGCUUGUAGGAGGGAGUCAUCAUGACCCGAGGAGGCACAAGCUGGAUGAUUGAGGGCCAGAUAUUAUUAGAAGAGGAAGAGCACAAAUGGAAGGCUACAAUCUCACUGUGCUUCAAACCUACAAAUACAAGUAAAAGAACUGUUUCUGCAAACGUUCAAGGACUAAGCAACUGUUGUGUCUAAACAAUUGCCCAAGAACUUGAUCUACAGUACUUUCCAUUUCCCAUUUAUGUCUACACACUUAACAAAUGUUUUCUUUAGGGCCACACCAUAAAUCAAUUAUAGCUCACCAUAACUCAUUUAAAUAUUUUUCACGGAUCCAUGGAUACCUUAAGCACAAAAAAAUAAGCUCCUCAUACCUCUUGUGAUUCAACUCUUCCUGGAUCCCUUGUACUGUAUCAUUGCUGCCUCCUCCUUAGCCAGGGUAUCCUUUUCUUUGCAGCUACACUCUGUGCAGCAGACAAUAUCAGCAGCUUUCUCCUUGAACGCAAGUCUUUAAGAUUCGGCUGUUCGGGAAUGCUCUCCACUUUCCACAGAAUUUUUGGGCUUCAUAGGCUCUGCUGUGGCAGGGAGCUCCAAAAACAGCAGGGUUUCAGCUGGCAGCAUGAGUUUCACCCCAAAGCCUGGAAGCUCCAAAGUGGCCUGCAACUCCUGUAGCUAAGAAUAAGCUGCUGAGAACAAAGCAGAAUGGGAAAAUGACAUAUAUGUUCAUCAGGGUAGUGGGCCAUUCAGAAUUUAUUUAAGAAUGCCAAUCCAAUAAAAGUAUAUACUUUUAUGCUUUUUUAAUUUUCACUAAUAUACUAAGAAAUUAAGUGUUUACUCCUCACCAUUCAGGGCAGCUGGUGAAGGCUCUAGAGAGAUAUUGCGGAACAUGAGCAUUCUGGAAAAGUGCUCGAUUGGGAAAAGGAUGGUUCUCUUGGGUCCAUCAGUGAAGGCCACAUUCAGGAUUUUCAGUGCUUUGAUUCGCACAUACCUACAGUUGAAGUCAGAAGUUUACAUACACCUUAGCCAAAUACUUUUUAAACUCAGUUUUUCACAAUUUCUGACAUUUAAUCAUAGAAAACAUUCCCUGUCUUAGGUCAGUUAGGAUCACUAUUUUAAGAAUGUGAAAUGUCAGAAUAAUAGUAGAUAUAAUUAUUUUUUUCAGGUUUUAUGUCUUUCAUCACAUUCCCAAUGGGUCAGAAGUUUACAUACACUUUGUUAGUAUUGGUAGCAUUGCCUUUAAAUUGUUAAACUUGGGUCAAAUGUUUUGGGUAGCCUUUCACUAGCUUCUCACAUUAAGUUGCUGGAAUUUUGGCCCAUUCCUUCAGACAGAACUGGUGUAACUGAGUCAGGUUUGUAGGCCUCCUUGCUCGCACAUGUUUUUCAGUUCUGCCCACAAAUUUUCUAUCGGCUUGAGGUCAGGGCUUUGUGAUUGCCUCUCCAAUACCUUGACUUUGUUGUCCUUAAGCCAUUUUGCCAUAACUUUUGAGGUAUUCUUGGGAUCAUUGUCCAUUUGGAAGACCCAUUUGCAACCGAGCUUUAAAUUCCAGACUGAUGUCUUGAGAUGUUGCUUCAAUUUAUCCACAUAAAUUUCCUUCCUCAUGAUGCCAUCUAUUUUAUGAAGUGCACCAGUCACUCCUGCAGCAAAGCACAGCCACAACAUGAUGAUGCCACCCCCAUGCUUCAUGGUUGGGAUGGUGUUCUUCGGCUUGCAAGCCUCACCCUUUUUCCUCCAAACAUUACAAUGGUCAUUAUGGCCAAACAGUUAAAUUUUUGUUUCAUCAGACCAGAGGACAUUUUUCCAAAAAGUAAGAUCUUUGUUCCCAUGUGCACUUGCAAACUGUAGUCUGGCUUUUUUUUUUUAUGAUGGUUUUGGAGCAGUGGCUUCUUCCUUGCUGAGCAGCCUUUCAGGUUAUGUCAAUAUAGGACUCGUUUUACUGUGGAUAUAGAUACUUGUCUACCAAGGUCCUUUGCUGUUGUUCUGGGAUUGAUUUGCUCUUUUUUUUUUUGCACCAAGCUACGUUCAUCUCUAGGAGACAGAAUGCAUCUCCUUCCUGAGCAGUAUGAUGGCUGCGUGGUCCCAUGGUGUUUAUACUUGCGUACUAUUGUUUGUACAGAUGAACGUGGUACAUUCAGGCGUUUGGAAAUUGCUCCCAAGGAUGAACCAGACUUUUGGAGGUCCACAAUUUUUUUUCUGAGGUCUUGGCUGAUUUCCUUUGAUUUUCCCUUGAUGUCAGGCAUAGAGGCACUGAGUUUGAAGGUAGACCUUAAAAUACAUCCACAGGUACACCUCCUAUCAGAAGCUAAUUGCUUAAAGGCUUGUCAUCAUUUUCUGGAAUUUUCCAAGCUGCUUAAAGGCACAGUUAACUUAGUGUAUGUAAACUUCGGACCCACUGGAAUUGUGAUAUAGUCAAUUAAAAGUGAAACAAUCUGUCUGUAAACAAUUGUUGGAAAAAUUACUCAUAUCAUGCACAAAGUAGAUGUCCUAAACGACUUGCCAAAACUAUAGUUUGCUAAUUGUAAAUCUGUGGAGUGGUUAAAAAAUGAGUUUUAAUGACUUCAACCUAAGUGUAUGUAAACUUCUGACUUCAACUGUAAAUACAGAAACAUUAAGAAAAUCUGAGGUGUUCCAAACACAUACUUGUUUUGUAUGAGUGCCAAACUACUACUAAAUUGUUGGCACAGACUAUCUGUGUUUAUAUACGCACUUACCUGAUAAACAUGUCUUUCAAGUGUGCAACCGGCCAAAUAGGAAGCUGCAUUCACAAGUUUGAAGAAUCGAACACAGUUAUCUGUGUUCAGUGCUUCAAAGGCCUGCACAGCAAACUUCACCUCGCACUACUUUACGGAACCGCUGCACCUCACUGCACUGACAUACACAACAAAACAAUUUCAAUCUUUUGCUUUUCUAACUCUGUCUAAUGGAUGGGGUUAUUUUCAAAGAAAGAGUAAACCAGAUUUCAACAAAAUUUUACCAAAGUAUAUUGCCAUCAUUGAGUUGCAGAAGAACAAUGAACUGCUGGAACUCUGCCUCAGUGGCACAGUAGAUACCCUUGGUGGCUAGCACAUCAUACAUCUGUAUUAGGGUUUGCAGGCACUUAUUCAGAUCCUCAAUGCUUAUGACAAGAUCGAACAGGGGUCCUGGCAGAGCUCAUGUGUGCAAAGAAUGUAAAAUCAAGCACACUUCUCCAUGAUUGAUACGGUUGUUGGACUACACAGAUGGUGAUGUGUAAUGUCCAGUUUGAGAGAGGGGUUAGAUUCACACAAAUUAAAAACAAUGACAAUACUAGAAGAAUGAAGAGACAGGAUAAAGAUAAAUAUAUUCCAGAUUGAAUAUUUUAAUUGACUAGAAAUAUCUAGAUGACUAGGAAUUGAGGGUUUCAAUAGAAAAAAAAUAGAAGUUGCCUACCUUACGAAUUUCUUCGACUUUGACCCAAACAAUGUCGUUCCAGUCAAGGAAGUUGCUUCCAUCCUUGUCCAUGAGGAGAACCAGCAAGUAGUCCAUGAUCAUGAAAACCCUCUCCUCUACAGUUUCAGCCACCAGACCAAUCAGAUGUUGCCCAAAGUGCCCAAAAUCUACAAUGGGCUCUUUGUUGUACUCAAUGAAAGUGGCAUCAGAGGGGGACAGAUCACCAAAUCUGUCGAUGCACUUCAUUUGUCCUGAAUUCAAAGUCAGGCAUUGUAAUGACAAGUGAUCAUGACAAAGUUAAAAAGGAAAACAAUAUGCCAGCAAAACACAAAAGUAUUUUAAUAAUAAGAUUUUCAGCACAGUUUUAGAUUAAUGAAAAGUAUUGAUAGUGUGGUUGGUCUGAUAUAGAUGAUAAAAAGCUAAUUAGGGUACAACAGGGCUAAAGGCUCCACGGGGUAAAAGGCUCUUUUGAUUUUAUUUUCUCCCAAAACACUAAAUAGCAUCAAAAACUACCACAUCACUUUCCUAAACACCUGUUUGUCACUAUGCACUGCAAAAUUUUCCUGAUCCAUGAGAUAUUUGCGUGUGGUGUCUAAAGGUUGAUUUUGAGGCAAUUUGAUCACAUUUUUAUUAUUUUUUUAAAUGUUGCAAAUUUAUGUAGCUAAUGAAAAUCCCUAAAAUUAACACAUUUCUUUUGAGACAAAAUACUAAUUUAUCAUUUUCAGUUUUGUUUAAGGUCAUUAAAUCAAAAAUUUUUCAAUAACUGUGAAAGGACAGCAUUUGGGGUAAAAAGCCUCCCUGUUGCAGGGGCAAAAGGGCACUAUAAAACACAUUGUUUUUCUUAAAUGGGGUGAAUAGAUUUGUUAUGAAAAAUUUUCAAAGUGGGCUCACAUUGACUCAUCCAAUCAUAAUAGAGACUGGUUUGUUUAUAGAAU